AUGACCUCUCAACCAACACCACCAUUCGGAGUGUACACUCCAGUGGUCUGUUUUUUCAAUGACGACGAAUCUAUCAAUUUCGACGCCGUCACACAGCAUAUCCAGCGCCUCUUAUCAUCUGGAGUUGCAGGGCUGGUUAUCCACGGUAGCAACGGAGAGGCCACCCAUCUAUUCCCCGAAGAAAAAAUUGAAGUAAUUCGACAUGCUCGAAAACUCAUCACUGGAGCCAAAAGCAACGCUGUCAUCAUAAGUGGGUGCAGUGCAAACAGCGCUCGAGAGACGAUUCGCAAUAUUGAGACGGCGAAGGAAGCAGGAGCUGACUUCGCUCUGGUGCUUCCUCCCAGCUAUUGGGCAGCCGCUAUGUCCAAGCCAGUUAUCAAAACAUUUUAUCUUGAGGUCGCUAGCAAAUCUGCUUUACCUCUCAUCAUCUACAAUUUCCCCGGUGUAGCAAGUGGAAUUGAUAUCGAUUCCGACUUAAUCAUCGAUUUAGCGCAGCAGUCACCAAAGGUUGUGGGCGUAAAGCUCACUUGCGGCAACCUUGGCAAGCUGCAGCGUGUUUCUGCCACACUUCCGAGCACCCAAUUUGCUCCAUUUGCGGGCAAGGCGGACUUUAUGUUGCCGGGGCUCGUCGCUGGCUCAAAUGGUGUCAUCUCAGCGCUUGCCAAUGUUGUGCCCAAGGUUCACGGAGAAGUUAUCAGGCUAUAUCAGGCCGGAGAGCUUGAGAAGGCACGUGCGAUUCAAGCCGACCUGUCAAAGGCGGACUGGGAACUAGUCAAAUUUGGAAUUUCGGGUGUAAAGACCGCCUGUCUGCAUUGGUUCGGGUAUGGAAGUGGAAAGGCCAGAGUGCCGUUGCCAACAGUCAGCGCAGAGAGCUUCGCUUCCGCAAAUGUUUCGGCGUUAGAGACCGUUUUGCAACUAGAGAAACAACUUUAA